AUGAUUUGUGCGACACAAUCGACGCGACAGAGACCGGCCACAUUCCGUGGCUCGCCUUCGACGUCUCUUACGAUGGACCUGAUGCAAACGAACCCCGGCGCGCCAUCAUGGAAGCGAAAGUCAUAUCGAGUUUACCACCAUGAUGCCCGCAAGAUUAUGCAUCGUCAACUGGGGAAUCCCGACUUCAAAAACGAGUUAGACUACGCGCCGAAACAGGUCUACGAUGCGGAUGGAGGGCGGGUAUAUCAAGACUUUAUGUCGGGGCAGUGGGCAUGGCGGCAGGCGGACGAAUUGGCCAAAGAUCCUCAAAACCAUGGCGCUGUGAUCGUACCCGUCAUUGGGGGGAGUGACAAGACAACGACCUCGGUCGCAACGGGCCAGAACGACUUCUAUCCGCUCUAUGAGGGUAAUGGCCUGACCCCGAACACAGUGAGACGAGCCCAUCGGAAUGCGAUGUCGCUUCUGGGAUUCUUGGCUAUUCCGAAAACCGACCGCGAGCAUGACCAGAGCAAAGAGUUUCGGACGUUCCGACGGCAGUUGUUUCAUGCGUCGCUGAACCAUAUAUUCAGCUCGCUAAAGCCAGCUAUGAUAUCGCCCGAACUCGUGCUCGUCGGUGAUGGUCACUAUCGAUGGGUUAUUUACUGUCUUGGUCCGUAUAUUGCAGACUAUCCUGAGCAAGUUUUGCUGGCGUGUGUUGUCCAGGGGUGGUGUGCUCGAUGUACCGCGUCAAAUAAGAAUCUUGACGGUAUUGGUGGAAGACGAACACAGGCACAUACGGAAGCGCUUUUCGACGCUUUUGACCACAAAACACUUUGGAAUGACUACGGAAUCAUUCCGGAUGUGCUGCCAUAUACGUGGGACUUUCCACGUGCAGACAUCUAUGAACUGCUCUCACCGGACCUCCUUCACCAAGUCAUCAAGGGGACAUUUAAGGACCAUCUCGUGACAUGGGUCGGCGAAUAUCUGGAUGCUCAACAUGGCAAAGCAUAUGCAAGUAAAAUUAUGGCUGAUAUUGACCGGUCAAUCGCAGCAGUGCCACCAUUCCCUGGACUUCGUCGUUUUCCCGAGGGACGGGGAUUCAAGCAGUGGACUGGAGAUGACUCAAAGGCUCUAAUGAAGUCACUAUCCCUAUUUGAUCACCGAGUUUGCGGCCCCAAAUGGACUGUGCUCUUCAAUUCGGAGUCGAAACAUAUCAAGGCAGUCAAGGAGCCCUGGCGCCGGUCGAGCAAGUUCGAAGCAAUCGAGCAAAUCCUCACCAUUAAUAAUCGCCUUGACGCUCUUGCCGCAACCCGAGUCGAUUUCGAGGAACGUGGACUUCUCCGACCGACCGAUCCCGAUCCAGUUCUUCCUACCCUUAACCCCACUCGCCCUGAUCUUCUAGCAGAAGAUGAUGACGAUAAUCCAGAGAUGGAAAAUACUGUCGAGGCGACUGUUGUAUUGGCUAAGCGUCAUUAUGACGACCUUGAUCUUGUUGAUCCCCUUUCAUAUCCAGACGUCCCGGCUCGCAUCAAAGUCUUUCCCUCAGCAAUUGCCGCAUUCCAUGCACCCAGUGAUGUCUGUAACUCGGCAGGCCUUCUCCGGGAACGUAUCCGGGCGGUGCGGUCAUGGCGUGGUGCCGAACCCCGAUUUGACUGUGUUUAUGCCUCUGGUAGCGAUGAGGAGGGCUUCCGUGGUCUGCUUGCUGCCCGGGUGCUACUUUUCAUGUCCUUCACCCACCGCCAUGUCGAAUACCCCUGCGCUCUAGUCACUUGGUUCUCACCAACGGAUGAUAUGUCUUGUCCAGAUGUGGGUAUGUGGAUGGUUCAACCUGACCUUGAUGAUGCUGGGGACCGCAUCAUGGACAUCAUCCAUCUUGACACCAUUAGAGCACGUGCACUGGCGACCAGCGGAGACGCGAGUGCCGCGCAAGAUGCGCAGCCGAGAAAGUUGACGGAAGCGGAUAUGGAGAGGCCGGCGCGGCGGCGGGCGCGGAAGGAGAUGCGCAGGAUGGCGGACUCGGAGGCCGUCGCGCCCGGGUACGCCGGCAUCCCCGCGCCGUUCCUCCUGGUCGAAACCGCUGCACCGCCACAGCCGCAGCCGGACGACGACGACGAGGCGGACCUUGACGGGCUGUCUUACGCCCGCCGGGCCCCGCACUUGCGCUCCGGCGACGGCCGCCCGGCACAUCGUGAUGCUCCUCCAUAUUCCCCGUCGACGCCGUCACCUCUAGUCGGCUCGCCGCCCAUCCCGAAGACCCAAUCUUCCAAGAAGAGCGAGAAGUCUAAAUCCGGGAGCGACAGACGCAGCACGCGCCCCAAAUCCAGCGCGACGAGCUCGACGCUGGCCUCCCCGUUCACGGCCACCUUCCCCUCGCCUUUGAACGCCGCUUCUCGCGCAGAAGAGUUCGGCGGGUUCGUGCAGGGCAAGCCAAGAGAGGAGUUCGACGGCACGCCGGGCGGGUUCGACGGCGCGCCCGCGGGCCUAGGCUUUGGCGAGGACGACUUCGACGGCCCGGGGACGCCUGGCGGGUUCGGCACCGGGCACGAGCCGGCGUGGGCAGAAGAGGAGGAAGAGGGAGAAGUGAGUGUUGUGAGGGAGGCCCUCCCGAGUGCUGGCUUGUCGAGCGGGAGGGCAAGGAUGGGGAGUUUUGAUGGCGCGAAGGUCGGGUUUUGA